GGGACUAUCAAGGCAGACGUGUAUCCAUACCCAGGAUUCCCCUCAUGUCAAAUGAAGAUACUGGGUUGCCCUUUGUGCUGAAAAGAGAACAAUUUCAUGUACGACCAGCAUUUGUCUUGACCAUAAAUAAAUCCCAAGGUCAAACACUGUCUCAUAUUGAUUUGUAUCUUACACAACCUGUCUUCAUUCGUGAACAGUUGUACGUAGCCAUGUCAAGAAUACGUAAAGAAUGUAAUCUCAAGGUAUUUGUGAAGAAUGGGAUAUUACAAGGCAAAGAUUGGAUUUAUACGCGGAACAUUGUAUACAAAGAAGCUUUAAUAUUAUAG